AGCAGACAGGUUGAAUAGGCUCCUUGGUGCACGUCAUCCUAACUCUCACACGAAAAAAAUCCUCUCAUCAGACGUUCUUCAUCGUGGCAUGGCUCCCCGGUGUGUCUCCAAAUCAAAACAAAAGGCACGACCAGCGACCACUUCAAAUGGGAUAUCUACUGAUGCACGACACCGGUGAAUGAGCCUUCCACUGAUCCAGAGGGCCUGAGAGUAGAUACCCGACUCCAUUGACCUGACAGCCUCACCGGGUAAAGGACUGGAGCUCUGGACCCGAGGGAAAGGAACAGGUAGGAUCAGAAGACGGCGAGGAGAUCUGCAGAGCACCUGCUUUGAACCGUCAGUUAGGUGUACAUUGUUUUAACAGAUAUUGACAAAGCACAGGACUUGUAGUGGAAAUAGAGUGCUGGUGAAGUGAGAUGUCAGAGCAGAGGCAACGCACUCUCUCCACCUCAGGAGAAGCUCUCUAUCUGGUUCUGGGUCUGGACAAGACCUGCUCACAGGAUGACAUCAAAAAGUCUUACAGAAAACUUGCGUUAAGAUAUCACCCGGAUAAGAACCCUGAGAAUCCUGAUGCCACAGAUAAGUUCAAGGAGCUGAAUAACGCCCACUGUGUCCUGUCUGAUGCCACCAAGAGAAACAUCUACGACAAAUAUGGUUCACUGGGGCUGUACGUGGCCCAGCAGUUUGGAGAGGAAAACGUCAACACGUACUUCCUGCUGUCCAGUUGGUGGGCAAAGGGGUUGUUUGCAGUGUGUGGUGUCCUGACAGGCUGCUACUUCUGCUGCUGUCUGUGUUGUUGCUUCAACUGUUGCUGUGGGAAGUGUAAACCGCACACGCCGGGAGAUGACGACCCUGACAGCUACGCGUCUCCAGAAGACUUGGAGGAGCAGAUACGCACAGACAUGGAAACGGAUGUUGACACCCCCAUUAUAACUCAGCCAGUCAAUGCAAGUGAGAAGACCCAGCUGAUUGGUGAUGGACGACGAGCCUACACCUGAGCAAACAUCAUGAAGAAUACAGGAAUAUGGAUGUGCUCCAGCUUAUAAGCCCUGAUAACAUUUACAACUCCAGGAUAUUUGUAAAUACGUUAUUUAAGUGUGUCAAUCGUUACUGGACAGUUAUUUAGUUUUCUGGACAUACUCAAAUUCAAUAUUGUUAAAGUCGCUUAACUGGAGGUUAUUAUGUCUAGAAAGUCAUAUAUUUUUUCUGCAAUAAAGACAUUCAGU